GAGAGCCCACUAUCAUUUUUAAGGGAGCUUCUACAGUACGAUUCCACCGGCAGCAGAAAGGCAUGCGGCGGGAAAAAGAAGAGAACCCCCUCCACCGCCUCCUUCUCCUGUUCUAAAAAGAUGUUGCCACCGCUCGCCUCUUCUGUCUCCUCCCUCUCUUUGUCGCGUUAGAAAACCAAGUACCGGUGGGGAAAGGAGCGGAGCUUCUUGAUGAACAAGAGUCGCUGCUGCGGACGGAUCGGGAACCGUCAGAGCAAGUUGGCUAGUUGCACCGCUCCCGGGAGGAGAGAAAAUCCGAACACGUUCGUGUCAUGACGAACGAAGCAAUGGAGGACCCCGGCAUAAGCAGCAGGGAGAGGGAUACUCGGUUCAUGGAGAACUCGUGCUGCACUCACUUCUGUCUCGGGCCCAACCCCUUCAUAGCCCGCUACGUCUACGCCAUCCUCUUCCUCCUUGCCAGCCUCCUGGCCUGGGCCAUCCGAGACUACGGCCGCUCUGCCAUCUCCGCGUUCCGGCGAUUAAAAGCCUGCCAUGGUGCUCGUUACUGCUUGGGUGCAGAAGGUGUGCUCCGCAUUAGCUUCGGCUGCUUCUUAUUCUUCUUUGUCAUGUUUCUCUCGACGGCUGGCACGAAGAAGUUGGAUGAUCGUCGGAACUCAUGGCACUCUGAGUGGUGGCCUGCUAAGAUCAUCAUGUGGAUGGGUUUCAUGGUGGUGCCGUUCUUUAUACCUACCGCAUUUAUCCAGCUCUACGGGAAGAUUGCAUACCUUGGUGCUGGGGCAUUUCUUCUGAUUCAACUAGUCAGUGUGAUCAGUUUCAUUACAUGGUUGAAUGACUAUUGCCGGUCCAAGAAAAAUGUAAAAACAUGCCGCAUUCAAGUGCUCGUACUCUCCAUUGCUGCAUAUGUUGCUUCCAUUUUGGGGAUUGUCUUAAUGUAUGUAUGGUAUGCACCAAAGCCAACUUAUAGGCUUAACAUCCUCUUUAUCACUUUGACCCUAGUGCUUCUACAAUUCAUGACCUUUGUCGCAGUGCUCUCUAAGGUGAAAGAAGGAUUCCUGUCACCUGGGCUGAUGGGAUUGUAUGUUGUAUUUCUUUGCUGGAGUGCAAUCAGGAGUGAGCCACAGACUGAGAUUUGGAACCAAAAAGCACAAGCUGCAGCAAGUGCAGACUGGCUUACAAUCAUGAGCUUUGUUAUUUCUGUACUUGCCAUGGUUAUGGCAACAUUUUCAACAGGAAUAGAUUCCAAAUGCUUUCAGUUCAAGAAGACUGAAGCAGAAUCAGAAGAUGACGUUCCAUAUGGGUAUGGAUUUUUCCAUUUAGUUUUUGCCAUGGGGGGGAUGUACUUUGCCAUGUUAUUCAUUGGCUGGAAUGCACAUAAAACAAUGCAAAAAUGGACAAUAGAUGUUGGAUGGGCCAGUACUUGGGUCAGAAUUGUGAAUGAGUGGCUAGCAACACUAGUUUACGGCAAGUACUAAAUCACAAUAUGCGUUACACAAUCUCCUAAUGUGUGGAUGCUGGCCGCUCCCCUGGUUUGGAAGAGCAGAAGGCAAGUAGAAUCGACAUGAUAGUGAAGAAAAGAUCCCAGAUUCCUCGAUUUCCCUGCCCCCAUGCAUCUUCUGUACAGAAAAUACCCAUUCACCAUGCGGCAUUCUCGUAAUCUAACAGUUCAGUUCUCGCUGAUGACACAAAUCAGUCACUGCCAAUUUCUAGGUAUUUUGCCCCUGCAUGGUUCUGAAGAAGAGCAUCUUGAUCAAGUAAAACUUCACAAAUUGUCAAUAUUUGAUAGAUCCUACUGGAUUCAUACAAGCAACACGAUUGUAAAUACAUAAUAUAAGAUCAUGAUUCCUCAGAAAACAAGUGUGAAAUUCCAUA